AUGACAAAUGUAUCCCAUGUCACUUCAUUCACUCUUAAAGGGUUUGUGGAGCUGCAAAAACACAAGUACUUAUUCUUUGCCAUAACCCUGAAUGAAUACAUUCUUAUUGUAAUAUGUAAUUCUGUGUUAAUUUCUAUUAUAUGUCUAAACAAAGUUCUUCAUGAGCCGAUGUACAUCUUUUUAUGUGCUUUAUGUGUUAAUGCAUUAUACGGAACAAUUGCAUUUUACCCCAAACUAUUGAUUGAUCUUUUGUCAGAUGAACAAGUGAUUUCCUAUGAAGCUUGUAUAAUUCAGAUCUUUAUUCAUUAUUCUUAUGCAAUGUCUGAAUUUUCCUUGUUGACUGUUAUGGCAUUUGACAGGUAUAUUUCAAUUUGCAAACCUUUGCAGUACAAUAGUAUAAUGACAGUUUCAUUUGUGAAAGCGUUAUUGUUCACUGCAUGGUGUCUGCCUAUUUUUAUGGCGUCCAUCCUCAUUGCCUUGACAACUAGACUGACUCUUUGUGGCUCUGUCCUGGAACGAAUAUGCUGUGAUAACUGGUCAGUGGUGAAGCUAUCCUGUCAAGACACUUCAGUAAACAAUGUAAUAGGAUUAUUAUUACUGAUAAUUACAGUGUUUCCACCUUUAUUUUUUAUAAUUUAUACAUAUAUUCAAAUAAUUAGCAUCUGUGUUAAAAACUCUCGGGAAUAUAGAAGUAAAGCUUUUAAAACAUGUGUGCCACAUGUAGUGGCAUUCAUCAAUUUUUCUAUCAAUGUCCUUUUUGAAAUUAUUCAUAGUAGGCUUCAGACAACUGUACCCCAUAUCAUAAAGAUUUUGAUGUCAAUAGAAUAUCUAGUCAUUCCUCCGGUUUUAAAUCCAAUUAUUUAUGGUCUCAAACUGCAAGAGAUUUGGAAGAGACUGGGUACAGUAAUGUGUGUGAAAAGAAUAAGCCAAUCAAAAUAG